CGUUACAUAAUGUAAAAGCGUUCGCGAAUAUAUUAAGAGAUUUCCAAUAUUACACCAUUAUCAACCUUUACCAAUGAAGAAAUUUUCUUUCAGUGUUUAACUCCCAUCGAUUUUUUUUAUUGCCAACUGCCUUCUCUUUUGAAAUGUUAAUAAUAUCGAUAUUGGUAUUGAAAUUAUUGCUCUGUAAUAGGGGUUGUUGGAGUACUUGUGGUCGAAUUGUAUCAAGAGAGUGCAAAGCUCUCUGCUCCGACUUUAGAAAUUAAAGUGAAAAACAACCACUAUUAGCGCAAUACUCGAACCGUAGGACAAAUAUCAAUAUCAUUAAAGUUAUACUAAAUAAACAACUAACUCGAAAGCUAGGCGAGAAACGCGCGAGAAGCGUGCUCUCUCUCUAAAAGGCGAGUCCGUAUCUGCUUAUUUUUCGGUGCCGGUUAAUAAAUGGCUAUCGCCGUUAGAAUAGAAUCCAUAGGUUGACUCAACGACUCUACGAGUUGCCUUCGUAGACAUCGAUUGUGCCGCCAUCGUAACAGUUGUCGCUGUCGCUGGCGUUGGCGUUGUCAGCGUUGACUUUGCUGUUAGUUUAUGUAUUGUCGCAUUAAACAAAUUCAAAAUUUGCUCCUAAGUUUAUUUAAUGUGUUGGACUCGUCGUGAACGCAACAAUCACUCGCGCUUUAUAAGUCCGAUUGCCUGUUGAUUUUCGGUAAAAACUAUGAAAAACAAUAACUGAAACUUUUAGCAACCCCUUUCGUCUUAAAUCGGUACAAAUUAUUUGCAGUGUCUUAUGAUUGUGUGGAUUUAGUGGCCUGUGACGACAAGACCAAAUAUUUAUUAGUAAUUAAGAAUGCAAAUAAAAUGUGCAAAAAAGUUUUAACCACUAGUAAAGGUUAAAAAAAAGAAAGUUACUAAUUUUACACAGUUUGAAAACUAAAAGUGCCUAGUGUUUGUGUUUCAUAUUUUUUACAAAAGUCUCCUAAAUAAGAUGAAAAACUAAGAAUUAUAAAGCUGCUUAAAUAUAUGUAUAUUAAAAAGUGACUUAUCAAAUUAAUGAUAAAGAAGAGUGUUAAAGAUUAUUAAGACGAUUUAUUAUAUUUACUAAACUGCUAAUAUGCAUAUUUAUGUACAUAUAUAUAUGCAAAACUCGCAAUAAAACUGAAGCUUGAAAACUGUUUAAAAAUCGAAUAAGCAUGAGUCCAAAAAAACACAAAGAAAGAUAGAUGCUCAUCCAAUACACAAUAACAACUAAGAAGAAAUUCUUAAUACAAUUUUUGUAUGUACAUACGUAUGCAUACAUACCUACAUAGAUAUGUAAUAAAGCCAAAUUUUAUUUUGAAUGUCUUUGGAUCUGACCUCGUAAAAAGAUUUUUAUAUAAGGCUUAAAGUUAGUCUAACGUUACCGAGAAAUGAGGAUGGAUUAUAUGGGUAGCGAAAAAAUUCAUUCUUUAUGAAUAUAAAUUUGAAUGUGAUACAAGUAAUAAAAAUAAAAUAAGAAAUAAUAACAAAAAAUAAGUUUGAAACACGCCAUUCAACGCCUUUAUCUGUGAUUUUGCGCUGUAAUAAUUCGCAUUAAUAUAUACUAUAUAUUUUUGGGCUUUGGUCUAAAAACGAAAUUAAAACAUAAUGUUUAACCUCAACACACCAUCGUCGUUGCUGGGCAUCGAUUGCUCUGGCCUAAGCACUACACCAAAAACUCCUGAAAUUGUAAACUCUUUAAUCGCGAUGACAAAUCCGAUGGACAACUAUAGCUUCGCACCUUUAAAUAAUGAUUCAGCUGCGUCAACUCCUGGUAGCGCUGUCUCAAUGCGUAGCUUUAAUGGAACCUCGAACGUCCAGAUCAUAUCGCAAGAUAGUAGUCAUUCCAGUUCUUCAACAUCACCUGCAGACUCGCCUAGUGGGAUAAAUACUACUCCAAGUGUUCAACAGACGUGUUCUCAACUCAUUAAGGCUGGACUUAAGCUUUCAAUUCAAAGCAAGCGAAAACUGUCUACUUGUGAUUCAAGCUCUAGCUCCGAUCAGCCAAACUCCAAAUAUUCCCGUCCUGAUGAAGAUGGCGAGGAAUCAACGGAUGAAGAAACUGAAUGUAAGACUUCUUCAAAAGGCCUCACACCAGAGGAUGAGGAUCGACGGCGACGACGCCGCGAACGCAAUAAAAUCGCUGCUACUAAGUGUCGUAUGAAGAAACGCGAGCGCACACAAAACCUUAUAAAAGAGUCGGAGCAAUUGGAAACCCAAAAUGUUGACUUAAAAACCCAAGUCCGGUCUUUAGAAGUGGAACGUCGCAAAUUACUUGAUAUGUUGCAAGGCCAUUCAACAACUUGCAUACAUGCAGGUGGAUUAAAUUUGCCUUCUAAACUAUUGCACUCACCAGCUCAUAAGUACCUCAACGCCAUUGAUAUGGAUGAUAAUAGUACUGCCAAUGGAGACAUGUCUACAGCAAACGCCACAGUUAAUAGAAUUCAGUCCCAAACGCAACAACAAGUACAAGUUAACAACACUUUCAGUAAUCAGUCAACUCAUGGAAUACAACGCACCGCAAUCCCACCAAUGUCAACCAUUAAAUUUCCACGGAGUGUCGCAGCUGUUGCCUCCGUUGUUAAUCACCAACUGCAUCAGCUACCAACACAACAACAGCAUUUGCCAAAUGGCUAUUGCAAGCCGUCACCAACGCCACAGGAACUUGGAUAUAUAACUUCCCCGUCACAAGAAAAUAUAUGCUUGCCUGCCAACUUACCGAAACUUUCGUCACAAUCUUCUGCUACCCCCCAAAUUGGAAGUGCCCCCGUAGUUUCUUCCAUAAACCAACAGCUCUCUGAUUACAUUCCUAACUGUGAAAAUAGUCUUGGUUUGGUAUUAGCUCAUACUCCCACCUCGGUUCAAAGCAACGACGACGGCAGUGUACUACUUGGUGACAUUGUUAGCCCUCUUUCAGUCAUGCCUACACCUUCGACGGCGACAGAAUUCGUAAAAAAUGAGCUAGUCGACUCGCAAAGCCCCUACACCACCGCUCAAUCAGCAGAACGUUUCCUUUUUGAGAGUAAUUGUGACAGUUACGUAGACAUUAAACAUGCUGUCAGCUUACAUCAUGGAAGUCUCAGUAAUAAUAACAACAACAAUAAUAGCAUCACAGCUCUACAUCAAAACAGCAAUAACAACCUUAUGGAUUUCAAUACCUCACUGAUAGGUGGAAGUAGUGGGAUUGUACCUUUCCACGAUCAAAUAUCGAUUAAAAAUGAUUACUUGCACGACACUGAUUUGUUGGCACAACUCACCGGAGAUGGUGCUGAAUUUGUGGACCUUGAUUCUAGUGUUGCGGCAACAUUCAUGACAAACAAUGGAUGUUUGGCGUAAAUUCGCUUUAAUAGUUAUUGAGCAAAUUAGAAUAUGUUUCUUCUUUAAAUUGAAACAUUUAGCAUCCCAGUGAAUAUGAUAAUCAUGCAAUUAUUAAGGCUUAAGUAAAUAAAUGGUAAAAGUCAAACAGAGGCAGCACUGACUAAAAAUGAAAGGUUAGUCAGAUACAACCACUUGAAAUUAGAAAAUGUAGUACGAAAGUACAUACAUACAUGUUAUUAUGUAACGCUUCUCCAAUCAAAACAUCAUAGAACUGAAGUAAGUAAAAGGUAGUCUAGGCUUCGUAGAACUGGUACGGGAUUUCAUUAACACAUGCGUAAACACUUCUAAAUGUGUUUUAAGUCUUCCACUUAGUAGUGCUAAAUUUUUUUAUAAGCGUACCUUUUUUUACAUUUGAUUAUUACCUUCCAAAAGCAAUUGAUCAUUUCCAUACCAGUUAAAUAAAUGAAGCCCAGUUACCACCAAUCUCGAAUAUAUUAAUUGACUUGGUGGUUUUAAUAAUUCAAAUAAAAUCAAGUAUUUUAGACGAGAACUUUCGGUGGCUUUACUACCUCAAAGAUGCAUAGAAAUUUGCAAAUUGGUAAUUGUAGGGCUUUCAUAUAUUGGGAAUAGCACUAAGGGAAUUUUUGUUUUAUAUUUUUUCUAUUGACAUACAUAGCAUUCCAAAACUACAAAACCAGUAGACAUAAAAUUUAAUUGCUAAAUAUUUUAUAAACAUAGCUAUUUGAAGAAUCACAUCCGCAGCAGUAAUUACUAUUUUUAAUAUCAACAAUAUUUAUUUUAUUUUAUGCUUAAUGAAACGCACGUUUUAUAGAUUAGCUUUGUAAUAUCGAUGUCCGAUAAAAGUAAACAGAUCUGAGUGAAAUUCUUGAAAAUCAAAGUCAAACUGCAAUGAAUUACAUAGUAAUUAUGGCAAUAUGUUAAUGAGAUUAGGUGUGUAGAAAGCCCAUCAUUUUUAUAUGUACUAUAUAUACUAAUUUCAAAAUCUUAUAUACAAAGAUUUGUAUAUGCGAAGGUUAGGUUACGCAGAAUAACUGAGCUACGUUAUUGAUAUUUUUUAUAUGCUUUCUAAAUCUUUAUGUAUAGUUGUUUUAUAUUUAUUUUAUGUAGGUUUUAAUU